CUGGUUCUUCAAUGUUCACCUUUUUAACUCGGUUCAGCAUCCAGGCUGGGCUUCAGGCUGAGGGACUGAAUGAUCCAAGUAGUUACAUGGUUCUUUUUACAUGACAAAGCAAAACCCACACCACACCGCCCCGCCCCCUACACUCUCUUUUAAACCUCUAAAUAUACUAAAACACAGACUUAAGAAUACACACACACACACACAGAUUAUCUCUUUCUUCUUAGUUUGUUUGACCUCAGAAAAAAAUAAAGAUGGCGGUGGGAUCUCACAAAGCAAUGAACAGAGGAAGAGCGUAUGGGUGGAUGUUGCUUUUGGAUUUUGUAGCAGCAUUGCUUGGAGUGAUGGUACUGCACAAGCUCCGGGAGAGACGCAUCCUCAACCUCCUGCUCAAAGAAAAGGAUCAUCAGCUCAUUUCCCUUCAACUUCUCUUGCAGAAGGAGGAGGAAUAUAACAAUGAAAUGAAGAACAAGAAUGAAGAGAUGAAAGCAGAGAUGUACACCCUUAGUACCCAAAAGAUGGAGCUUGACAGAAGGUUCCUCGAGAUGCAAUCUACAAUUGAUUCCCUGAAAGAUGAACAAAAGACCUUGGAGUCUGCAAUGGAGGAGAUGAAGAAUGAGAUCAAAAUGCGGAGAGAAGCUGAAAUGGCUUCAGCAAAAGAAAUCUCUCAACUCACUGUUCUAACAGAAAGCUUGAAGCAGAAGGAAGCUGAAAUUCAGGAUUUGAAGCACCGUGCUGGAUUCCCCAUUCAAGUGCCUGUAAAUUUGACUGAUUCUGUAAAUAUGGCGGAGAAGGAUAAAUCAGAUUUGAGUUCGAGAAAAGAUGAGGAUAGAGAGUUAAAUAAAUACACUAAUAUAAGGGAUGAUGAGAACUCAACAAGUUUUGAAGAUGGAAAUGAGAAGAAGUUGGGAGCAAAUAAUAUCAGCGAAAUGACACUUGAGCAGUUGCCUAAGGUUGAGAUUUCUCAAGAAGAAGAUGACGGUAAGCAUGGAGGUGUUGUUAGAGAAAGCGUUGAUAAAGGUGGUUCUGAAGUAGGAAAGCAAAUAAACAUCACAAAUUCAAUGAAGGCAAUUGUUGAUGCUCAUGAAAAUGUUUCAAAACUAGGAGAUAAAAAUAGUGAUGAACAAGACAGUGAUGAAAGUGAAAUUACUGAAGAUAUGGUACUAGGAAAAGCACAAAACUCUGAAGAUAAGAGCCAGGAAGUUCAAUUGAAUUCUAAAGGUUUGAAGAAGUUAGAGAUUUUAGAUUCUAGAAUUGAUGUAGGUUCGAGAUUGAGACGGAAACAUGGCCGUGUGAGCAGAACGAGGGGAAAGAGAUGGAGAAUGAUUGCCAGAAGCAGAGGUCCUGAAUACAAUAGUCAACUGCCGAGCAUGAGCAGAAGAUUUCAUAGACUUGGUCGAGAUGGAUUCAAGAGCAAGACAGAAGGUCAAAUUUCUAUUGACGGAAUAGGAAAAGGAGAGAAGAGAGCAGCGGAUGAAAAUCCACAGGAAGUAAAGAAGGCAUUGGAUUCUGAAUAUCCAGAAAACAGAGAUGCAAGGGCUGAUCCACAAAAAUCACAGUUGGUGCAAGAAAAUGAAACGUUUAAGUCCCAUAAUUCUCCAGACAUGAAAUUGCAAAGGAAUACACCUCCUGAUGAUGAAUCCACUAAAAUUUCAAGCUAUGCUAAAACACAGGAACUGGAUGAAUUCAGGCAACCAGAAGAAGAGGAAGAAGCCAGCAGCACCGAACGAAAGAUGAGCAGCAGAAAUAACCGUGAAGAAGAAAACGACAUAGGCAAAGAAGUAAAAGACGACAACAAAUCUGAAAUGACAGAUGAAACAGAGGCUGUAGAUACGCAAGAAAAAGAGGCUGAAUCAACUGACGGUGAUUCUGUCAGGGAAUCCAAUUCCAAUCUGGAGGAAGACAAAGAAGUGUACAAGGAGGAAACAGAGGACUCCGAAUUUUAGCUGACUAAAUUUUAAAACCUUUUCUUCUUCUUUUAUUUAAUCAAUUCCGGUGUGCUAGCAGUGGCGGAGGUAGAGAAAGCUAAAUCAUUUCUUAUCCUUUCUUCCAUGUUUCACAACAUUAUGUUAAUGCACUUCCAUUCAAUAACAUGAUUUUAUGAUA